UCAAUCAUUUUUCUCCUCGACAUCAAGUUCAGAACUUCACCAGGACGGCGCGCACGUGAACCUCACCACUGGAAGGACACCGCGCGGUUUGGAUUGCGUUCCUUUGACAGCAAUCAUGUAUAAAACGACACGUGAAAUGAUUUUUGAUCGUCUUUACGUUUGUACCGGCGCUGUUCGGUUUAAGUUUCGGCUUUAUGAAGUUUAGAGUUUAAUUUGAAUCUCAUCUAAACUCCACUGUGUCUUCAGGAACCCAAAGUUUUACCGGUUCAAUGGAGAUCUCUUGGAUUUUUACGCUUUGAUUUGCCUAUAAAUAAAUAAAAAACAAUAAUAGAAAGGUUGUGAAUGGACGUUAUGCUCGGGGAGAACGACACCGAUAACGAGACCUGUCAUGAGACGCAGGUCGUGGAGAAUUACGCGAGCCCGCUGGCCAGCGCGCUCAUGUUCGCAGCGGGUGUGUUGGGCAACGCAACCGCGCUCCUGCUGAUCGAGGUGCGGCGACGGAAAGAGCGCAGCCGCAAGCAACACGAGCACCAGAGACGUACCUUGUUCCACGUGCUUGUGACCGCGCUCGUGAUCACCGAUUUGGCUGGCACGUGUUUGAUCAGCCCUCUCGUACAAACCGCGCACGCACUCGACACCACUCUGAUUGCCAUGAGUAAAAACGGUAGCGCGUGUAAAUACUUUGGCUUCUCGAUGACUUUCUUCAGCCUGGCGACGCUCUCGCUGCUCCUCGCCAUGGCGGUCGAGCGCUACCUCUCGAUCGGUUACCCGUACCUGUACGGGAGGCGCGUGACCACGCGCUGCGGCUACGUCGCCAUCCCCUGCAUGUACGCGCUGUGCGCGCUCUUCUGCUGCUUGCCGUUCGCGGGGUUCGGUAACUAUGUGCAGUACUGCCCUGGAACUUGGUGCUUCAUCGAUAUGAACCCGAAAAAAAGCGCUGACCGGGUGUUCGCCAACGUGUACGCUACCGUCAUGCUGUUCAUGGUGCUCGCGGUGGCCGCCUGCAACUGCUUUGUUGCUUAUCACCUGGUGCUGAUGUACCGGAGACGCAGGGUGGCCCGGGGAACAUCAGUCACCCGCAGUCGGAAGGACCGGAGACCCUUCUCUCUCUCACAGGAAGUGGAGUUUCUCAUUGUGUUAGUCAUCAUGACGGUUAUAUUUGUCAUAUGCAGCCUGCCUUUAAUGUUCCGGGUGUACAUUAACUCCAUCCAGAGGAGCAACGAGAGCAAGACUGACCUUAUCGCGCUGCGCUUCAUCUCCAUCAACUCCAUCAUUGACCCUUGGGUGUUUAUCAUCCUCAGCCCUUCUAGGCUACGCUUCCUUUUAGGGGCACUGUGCAAAGCCGGAAACCGGAACUCGAUUUAUAGAACCUCGUUGGCUAAAAUCUCUGAAGGACCGACUGAUCAGUGCCAAAAUAUCCCCGUAAUCACUGAAGUCACACAUCUAAAAAAAACUGCUCAGAUGAUAUGACCAAGGAUUUGUAUGAGAGAUUGUAUGUUUUAUUUUUUUUUGUAAGGCUAAUAUAGAGUCCCUAAGAACCAGGCCAUUUUGAUUGGCCAAAAGAUACAAACUCCACAGUGAUUGUUGUUGUUGUGUUCUUUUGAAACCACUAAAGUAUUUUUUAGAGUAAAGACAGAAUUCUGUCAGCACUUUAAAAUAAAAAAGGUCAUAACAGACACCGUGACAAUAUGAAUGUUCUGGAAAUUCCAUAUAAGAGACUGAAUGACAUUAUGGUGUGUUACGGAUAUCUAGCACGGACAAAAUGGACCAGGUUUGUAACCCAAAUCCUGUGUGUCUACACGCAUCAUCACCCAUGUUGGCUUUUUAUGCAUCUUACCCAGGCAGCAGUGGAACGCAGUCAUGUUUUCACUUCAAGGGAAGGUCAAUAAAGCCGAACCGCACAGACGGAUCAUUCUUGCGUCGGUAGGACGUAAUGGGAUUUAAUUGCAGGGACACUUUGUGACAUGUUCACUUACCCUUAAGCUCUUGUGCUAAAUUGUGAAUCGUGUUAUUAAUUUAAAUGGAAAACCCCUCCAAAAAACAGACCUUUUGUGUGCCGACGUGUUGUAUUUUAACGUGUGUGUGUGUGUGCAUGUGUAUGUAUGUAGGUGUGUAUGCUGAAAAAGUGUUGUAUAAUAUCUAUGUUUGUUUCAGAAAACUGAUCUAUGGGUUGAAAACGUACCUCAUUUCAUACAACCAAGAUUGUAUUUGCACUGAGCUGUGAAAAAAAAUUGUCAAGCUUGUAUUUGUGGCUGUGGGAUUAAUACAAAGUAUUGAAGCAUUGUUGUUAAAA